AUGUCCAACAGAUCAGUCGACGACGAUGGCCGCCCGAUGCGAACUGGCACUUGGGUGACGGCGAGCGCCCACAUCAUCACGGCGGUGAUUGGGUCAGGGGUUCUGUCCCUGGCUUGGGCAAUCGCCCAGCUGGGUUGGGUGGCCGGACCGGCGGUUCUCAUAAUCUUCUCCCUCAUCACCCUUUUCACCUCCACCCUGCUCGCCGACGCCUACCGCCACCCGGACCCUGUCACGGGCCAGCGCAACUACACCUACAUGGACGCGGUCCGGGCCCAUUUAGGUGGGCUUAGGGUCCGGUUUUGUGGCGUGGCCCAGUACGCGAACCUGGUCGGCGUCACCGUCGGUUACACCAUCACGGCGUCCAUCAGCAUGGCGUCGGUUCGGAGAUGGAGUUGUUUCCACGAGGGGGACAAGUGCCACGUGUCCACUACGCCGUACAUGAUCAUCUUUGGCAGCAUCCAGCUCAUCCUUUGCCAGGUGCCCAACUUCCACAAGCUGUCGUGGCUCUCCCUCCUCGCCGCCGUCAUGUCCCUUACCUAUUCCCUUAUUGGCUUGGGUCUCUCCAUAGCCAAACUUGUUACAGGAGUUGAAGCGAAAACGACGUCAACGAUGGUGUCGGAGGCAGAGAGGUUCUGGAUGAUUUGCCAAGCUAUCGGCGACAUUGCCUUCGCGUAUGCCUACUCCACUGUCCUGAUCGAGAUCCAGGACACCCUGAAAUCGAGCCCAGCGGAGAACAAAGCAAUGAAACGGGCAAGUUUGGUGGGCAUCUCAACGACAACCGUUUUCUACCUCCUCUGCGGUUGUGUGGGCUACGCGGCGUUUGGAAAAGACGCGCCGGGGGAUUUACUCUCCGGGUCCGGAUUCGAUCAUCCGGUGUGGCUCCUCAAUGUAGCCAACGUCUGCGUGGCUAUUCACCUCGUCGGCGCAUACCAAGUGUUUGCACAACCGAUUUUCAGUUUCGUGGAGACGAGUUGUCGUCAGAGGUGGCCAGAGGUCAAGUUCGUGACGACGGACCACCAGAUUACCAUUCCAAUUCUGGGUGGAACGAGCUUUCACGUCAACGGGUUCAGAGUGGUUUGGAGGUCUGCAUACGUGGCGGUGACCACAGUCUUGGCCACAUUAAUCCCGUUCUUCAACAUCUUUCUGGCACUUAUCGGGGCAGUUUCCUUUUGGCCGCUGACCGUAUACUUUCCGAUCGAGAUGUACAUCGCCCGAUCGAAAGUUCCUAAGUUCUCCUUCUCCUGGAUUGGCCUGCAAGCCUUGAGCCUGGUCUGUCUGCUAGUUUCACUCGUCGCAGCAGCGGGAUCGGUGGAGGGUCUGAUACAGUCUCUAAAAAUGUACCACCCUUUUAAGAAUGAAGUAUAA